GUUUUUAUUUUCAUCCUUUUCUUUUUAACUUUUGCCACUAGAAAAAUAAUUUGAUAUUUGCUUGUGCUUCUGCAAGCUUCCAGUGAUGUCUCUGCUGACAGCCCCAAAACGCAUCGUUUUGGCUCCGUUUCAGUAUAUGCUGCAUCAAACUCGAAGAAGCAGAACACCGUUCAGUGUAAAAAUGUCGGCCGACUCACCACAGCCCCUCACUCAGUCCCUGACGUUGCCAACUCAACCCAACCAACCCGUCCAGAUAAUUGCUGCCCCCGGCGUAUCCGGUUCCGAUCUCAGAAGUGCUAUCGAUUCCUCGUUGUUUAAGCAGUGGCUAAAGAAUUUGCAAUCUGAAACUGGGAUUUUAGCUACUCCCUCUUUUUCAUUAAAACGAGUUCUUGUUCAGGGAGUGGAUAUGUUCGGAAAACGCAUUGGCUUUCUUAAAUUCAAGGCAGAUAUUAUUGAUCAGGAAACAGGGCAAAAGGUUCCAGGUAUAGUAUUUGCACGAGGACCAGCUGUAACUGUGCUAAUUCUUUUGGAUGCUGAAGGUGAGACCUAUGCUGUUCUUACUGAACAGGGUGAUUUUCAUGCAUGUCGUAAGGUUAGGGUCCCUACUGGGAGGCUUGUUUUGGAAUUACCUGCUGGGAUGCUGGAUGAUGAUAAGGGUGAUUUUGUUGGCACUGCAGUUCGCGAGGUUGAAGAGGAGACUGGUAUUCGCUUGAAUCUAGAAGACAUGGUUGAUCUCACAUCAUUCCUGGAUCCAUCCACUGGAUGCAGAAUUAUUCCUUCUCCUGGAGGAUGUGAUGAAGAAAUUAGCGUGUUCCUUUAUAGAGGAUGUGUCGAUAAAGAAAUUAUCACACAACUGCAAGGCAAAGAGACUGGCCUUCAUGAUCAUGGUGAACUUAUUAAGCUUCACGUGGUUCCCUACAGGAAACUUUGGCGCAUGACAGCUGAUGCUAAGGCUUUAAUGGCUAUUGCACUUUAUGAGAUGGCAAAGAAGGAAGGUCUACUGCCUUCAAAACCUUAAACUGCUAACCAUUGCAGCCGUUAGGUUGAUUUUGUCUGGUUAUUGACAUUUAUGGUUUUACGGACUCAGUUUCAUCCUAUUUCCAGGAGAUGAUAUUUGGCUGUAAAGUUAAACUGAUUGGCACUGGUGCUAUGAACGCUCCUUUAGCGUGGCGUGUUAUUACCCUUCAUAGUCUGAAAUUGUGAAGCUUAACUUUUCAAAGA